GAAACACCCAUCUUGAAUGUUGACCACCUGUUUGAAAUCCUAUAAAAUGACCAGGUUUGGACCAAGAAUUCUUCACACUGGAUUCAACGGUGACAACAAUACAUCAAGACCACAAUGAUAAAGUACGCAGUUAUAGCAGCAUUGAUGGUAGUGACAGUUGUGCAAUGUCAUUCUAUCAAGAAAACCAACAUCCAACCAUGGAACAUCAUUUCUAAGCGUGGCAUGAACCCUUCUCAGAAUGUCCCUAUGGAGAUUCUCAUGUUUUUCAACUGUGAAGAUUUGAGACCCGAGCCAUACAACACACUAAGUGAUGAUAUCAUGGAUGCACUCGAGGAAGGAAAUCGUGAUGCUCUGUGCAAUGAACAUGCUGAAGAAAUGAUGAGAGUGAUCAUGGCCGAGUCAACACAAAGGAACUGUGACCUUGCACAUGUUGAGGCUUUCAUGGACGCUGCACACAGUCUGCAUUGUCUGAAUACCAUCACAACCUACAAUUGGGAGCUUGCUGACUGUGACAACACAGAUGGAGAGUUCAUCUGGCUGCCAGUGGAACUUGGUACAAACCCAGAAGAACAUUGUGGUGACAUGGAGAAAUCUGCUGCCAUCGGAUGUCAUGUUUUGGCUGAGGCAAAGAAACGCGAUUGUGAUUUGGAAAGUGUUGGAUUUGGGAUAAUGAUGUUGAACUAUGCCAUUUGUGGAGAGGAUGCUGCAAUCCCACAAAGUCUCCCAUGUAUGCCAGACCUAUGGGGUUCAGCUAGUUACAGUUCUGGCGAUUACAGUUCAGAUGAUUAUAGCUCAGAUGAUUAUAGCUCAGGCAGUAGCUCAGGCAGCUCCAGCUAAGCAGUUAAGGCUCCAGUUGUGGCUGUUAAAUCCCAAAUGUACACCUCAAGCAUAUCACUAUAGGAUGCCUAUGUGUUUUACUGUAAACUUUGGAAAUCAAUGAAACAAUAAUAA